AUGAGCAUACUCCGGACCUUCUUCCGCACCCUCAGAACAUCCCCCGUCCAACUUCCACCUAUCCGUCCUAGACCGUUCCCAAUGGCUGCUGUAGACACUAUCACAGGCACGUUGGCCAAAUUGGGCCUCCAUGAGUCUGCUUCAAUUGAAGGUGCUUACCCUAAGUACAAUGUAGUCGACGUGAUGCGUUGUUACAUCACCGAAGAGUUGCACAAACUCAGCGGCAUUGCUCCCGAGAUCAUUUUCCCCGCCUUGGAUACCCCCUCUACCUUGGACAAGGGUGACUUGCUUGUUCCUCUCCCCCGUUUGCGUCUUCCUAAGGGUACAGACUUCAAGGCCAAAGCUGACGAGUUUGCCAAGGCGUUCCCUAACGACGGCUACUUGAGCGAGGUCCGUGCCGAGGGCCAGUUCUUGCAGUUUUUCUUCGCGCCCAAGGCCUUGUACGGUCUUGUGUUCAAGGAUGUCUUGACCAGAGGUACCAACUAUGGAUACUUGCCUAUUGGCGAGGGCAAGAAGGUCAUUGUAGAGUUUUCUUCUCCCAACAUCGCCAAGCCUUUCCACGCUGGUCACUUGCGUUCCACCAUCAUCGGUGGUUUCUUGUCCAACUUGUACGAGAAGGCUGGUUGGGAUGUCACCCGUUUCAACUACUUGGGAGACUGGGGAAAGCAGUUCGGUCUCUUGGCCGUUGGUUUCGAGAGAUACGGUAGCGAGGAGCUUUUGACCUCCGACCCAAUCAACCAUUUGUUCGAGGUGUACGUCCGUAUCAAUAAGGACAUCACCGAGGAGGGCGAGAUCACCGGCGGCACCAACGACCAGGCCAGAGAGUACUUCAAGCGCAUGGAGGAUGGCGACGAGGAGGCCUUGAAGAUCUGGAAGCGUUUCCGUGACUUGUCUAUCGAGAGAUACAUCGGCACCUACGCCCGUCUUAACAUCGCUUACGACGUCUACUCCGGUGAGUCGCAAGUGUCGCAGGAGAAGAUGAACGAGGUCAUCGACUUGUUCGACAAGAAGGGCUUGGUCCACGAAGACAGAGGCGCCAAGUUGAUUGACUUGACCAAGUUCAACAAGAAGUUGGGCAAGUGUCUUGUGCAGAAGUCGGACGGUACCUCCUUGUACUUAACCAGAGACGUCGGUGAGGCCAUCAAGCGUUACGACAACUACAAGUUCGACAAGAUGGUUUACGUCAUUGCCUCGCAACAAGACUUGCACACUGCUCAGUUCUUCGAGAUCUUGAAGCAGUUGGGCUUCGACUGGGCCAAGAAAAUGGAGCACGUCAACUUCGGUAUGGUUCAAGGUAUGUCCACCAGAAAGGGUACUGUGGUUUUCUUGGACAACAUCUUGGAGGAGACCAAGCAAAAGAUGCACGAGGUCAUGCAACGUAACGAGGCCAAGUACGCCCAAAUCGAGGACCCUGACAAGAUUGCCGACUUGAUCGGUAUCUCCGCCGUCAUGAUCCAGGACAUGCAAUCCAAGAGAAUCAACAACUACGAGUUCAAGUGGGACCGUAUGCUUUCUUUCGAGGGUGACACCGGUCCAUACUUGCAAUACGCUCACUCUCGUUUGAGCUCUGUGCAAAGAAAGGCUGGCAUCAGCGAGGAGAAGUUGCUUGCAGCCAACUACGACUUGCUUUCGGAGCCAGAGGCCGUCAACUUGGCCAGAGUCUUGGCUCAGUACCCAGACAUCAUCAAGAAGGCCUUGAAGACCAACGAGCCAUCCACUAUCGUCACCUACUUGUUCAGCUUGACCCACAUUGUUUCUUCUUGUUACGACACUCUUUGGGUGGCCGGUCAGGAGGAGGACUUGGCCACCGCUCGUUUGGCCUUGUAUGCCUCUGCUAAACAGGUGUUGUACAACGGUAUGGUUUUGUUGGGAUUGACUCCAGUGGAGAGAAUGUAA